AUGACACAAGACACUGCUAAAGAACCAAUUAACUGGACAUCACUGCUUACAUCACUAUCUCCCGAGCAGAAAAGUCUUCUCUUCGGUCCACGUGAAGUCUACGAUGCGGCCUAUCGCAAGGACAAGGUCAUCGUCAUCUCAUACGACGAAGUCUUGAAGAUGGCAAAUAUUAUGAAAGGUGCAGAUAUGACACAUCUCAGGCUCCAAGAUGUCUUUAUCGUUGCUAAGAUUAUGCGUCGAGCACCACCACUGCAAGACAAGCAGCUCCAAAGCUGUCGCAUGGUUCUUUCAAGAAGAUUUAUGCUAUGGGCUGCUGAUGCUGGAUAUCCUGAGGCGCAACUCUUUUGGUCUGAGGAAGUCAUGUCACAGAACAACGUGCCAACGGGCGUUAGAGAUAAAGCUUUGAAACUCCUCACCAACAUCGGACGUCAAGCCGUUCCGAGAGCCGAGUCAGUUCCACUCAAGUCUCUUCGUCCUACAGAUACUGUUUUUCCAGUCUCAGCAAGAGCGAACCAUCUCCUUGGUCGGUACCUCUGGGCUGCCGGCGAUCUGACCAAAACCACCACAAAACGUGACGAAUGUCGCGAUCGUGCAAUGCAACACCUUGAACGCGCCGGCGAAGAAGGUCAUGCCGAAGCUUACGUGUAUAUGGGUGUUUUCAAUAGAAGAGCCGGGAAAGCGAGAAUGUCGAAACGGGCAUUUGAAAAGGCCCAUGCGCUUGGAAGUGCGUUAGGGACGUGGUUGCUUGCUCGAGCAACGAGCGACACCAAGUUACGAACAUCCUUAUUGGCAGAAGCAGUUGGACUUGGCUCUCAUCACGCAGCCUAUGAUUUAGGCCAUAUGUAUCGCAAGCAGGGACAGGAUGCACUGGCGAUAGAGUAUUACACCAUGGCUGCCGAGGCAGACGUUCAGCCAGCUCAAGCCAAUUUAGCAGAGUUGCUUGUCAAGCAAGGCGAGUUUGACGAGGCUGAGAAGUGGUUCAUCAGAGCUUCUGUUGUUCGCGCGCCUGACCCGAAGAAGGAGACGAGAACCGGACAAGAUGGUGAUAUCUCAUUCCAUUCUCAAAGGCGGCUUGAACAGAUGCGAAAGACUCAAGUCUACAAUGACUACCAACGUGCAAAACAGAAGAAGCUUGACGAAGGGGGCAGCUGCACAAUCAUGUGA